AUGGGUCUCAUCAGCAUUAGCAACCAGACCCCACACAGGGAAACCGAGAAGAUCCCCAAGGAGGUGUCGAGCACCAUUGCGCACAUCAAGAAGCUCAGCGACAGCAACUGGCACACUUGGGAACCUACCUUCAUCGACUGCCUCCAAAGAGUACAUAAUGCGAAGGAGAUACUGUAUGGCACAGUAGCGCCUGGAAACGAGGAAUAUGACGAAGACUUGGAUAAAGCCCUCGUGGGCCUCAUCCACGCCUGCUGUGACAACAGUCCAGACAGCCGUAUCGACACCUACACCAUCAGGGGAGUGGAUGAAGAAGUCCAGCUCGGUAGCACACUCUAUGCCAAACUCAAGAAGGCACUAACGUUGAACGACGCUGUAAAGCGAGCAGGACUGCAGGAUCGUAUUCACACAGUGCGCUUGCACAAUCGAGACGUUGUCAGGCUAGGCAAGGAACUUGAUUCAAUCUGGAACGAUGCGGCACGCCUGGGAAAGCGUUUCGAUGAGGACCUCAAGAAAUCAACUCUCUAUCGCUGCACGGCCCAAGAUUGGUUCUAUGCCAACGCCAUUGACGCACUGAAAACGGCCAGACCAGACUGUAAGUAUGACGAAGCCUACCACGCACUCGCCAAGAAACAGCAGGAUGGUGAGAUCACUGGUCAUAUUAGAGGAGCAGCAAGGGUUGCCACAAGCAUGGACCAGGCGGAGCAAGGACCCAGAGGCAGGCGUGAUCCUCGCAACCCCUCGGCCCCUCCAAAAAGAAAAGGGCAGUUCGAAGUACAGGGAAAGGCACUAGCCCUGGAGUUGGAAGAGACACUUGACGAUGUCCCAGAGGACAACCAGAACACAGGAAAACUAGAGAAUGCCCCAGAGGGCAAUAAGGACACGAAGCAUCAAGACAGCUACCUAUGGCAUGAGAGGUUCGGACACCCAGGACGAGACAAAACAAGACAAAUCUGGGCUCAUUACCUAGGUACCGACGAGGAAAUGGAACAUGAGUUGAAGCACUGUAAUGUGUGCAGCCAAGGAAAACAGACUCGAGCAUGGAUGAGCCAAUCAGAGUCGGAAAGAAUGGAGGCACCAUUAGAGCUGGUACACAUAGACCUGAUGACAGAUUUCAAAGGACAUGCCAACUACCACUAUGCACUAGUUGCUGUGGACGACUUCUCCUCCCUGAUCUACAUGGAACCACUCUGCACAAAGAGUGCUGCACUCAUGGCGCUGAGGAGGUGGAUAGCCAGGAUGGAACAGGCAACGGACAGGAAACUCAAAACACUCCACAGCGACAAUGGAGGAGAAUGGUGCAGCAUAGCAGCUGAAGACUGGCAAACUCAAGAGGGUUUCAAGUGGCAAAAGAGUGUCCCGGGGAUCAGCGUCCAAAAUGGAUGGGCGGAGAGAGCAAUCAGGUCAGUCCAAGAAAAGAUGCGCUCGAUGCUGAUUGGUCGAGCUUGCCCCAGAGAGUUGUGGCCAUAUGCAAUCACAGCAGCAGCACACGUGAUGAACCUUACCCCGUCAGCCACCAAAACCAUUCCCCACGAGGCCUUUUAUGGAACCACCGUGCACAAGCUGGCCCAGCAGCUGCGAGUCUUCGGAUGCUUGGCAUGGGUUCAUGUUCAACAGAAGGACCAGCAAGGCAAGUAUGGGGCUAGAGCAAAGCCAGCCAUCAUGAUUGGGUAUGACAAUGAACACAAAGCAUGGAAGUUUUGCAACCCGGACCAGCCGGCAUCAAUCCAAUGGAGCAACUCAGCAACAUUCCAUGAGGAUAAAGGAUGGAGUGAUCGCCAACAAGAGGCAGUCAGGCCUGUGGUGACCGCGGAGGUCGAGGAGGAGGGUGUCACGCCAGCCAUAGUGGAGGAGGAGACCAAAUCAGAGGCCGCAGUGGAGGAUCUCCUACCAGCCGAAGACAGCACAGUAGGCACCACCAACACAGCAAUACUGAACCUGGACCCAACGCUUGGGGAAGCAAUGGACGGUGAGGACGCCCAGCUCUGGAAGGAGGCAAUACGAAAGGAGCUAGAAGGACUCGAGGCAAUGGGGACUUGGGAGGUGGUGCACCAACCGCCAGGAGUACCACUUGUGGACUCUAAGGUUGUGCUUCGGCUGAAGCUUGAUGCUGAUGGUGUACCUGUUAAGCACAAGGCGCGACUGGUUGCAAGGGGCUUCACACAGAGAGAGGGGAUCGACUACCAAGAAACCUUCUCUCCAGUAGCACCCCUCGGAGCGAUCAGAGCCAUCUUAGCACUAGUGGUGCAGAACAACUGGGAGGUACAUGCUCUGGACAUCACUAUGGCUUACUUGAACUCCACGUUAAAGGAAGCAAUCUACAUGAAGCCACCAGAAGGAUCAGGAGUAGCACCCGGCAAGGUGUACAAGGUAAUCAAGGGUCUAUACGGCCUAAAGCAGUCUGGACGAGAAUGGAAUCAGGAGUUCGACAGGUCUUUGCGACGCAUGGGAUUCUUCCAGGUAGAGUGCGCUCCCUGUAUCUACACCAAGGGACAGGGUGAAGAUAUGGCAAUUGUGGUCUUCUACGUCGAUGAUACAUUAGUCAUAGCACCACGGCUGGAAACGGUCCUAAAGGUUAAGAAGCAGAUUGGUCAGAGAUGGAAGAUGGAAGAUAGCGGUGAGGUCUCUCACUUCCUGGGCAUCAAAAUCAGUCGAGACCGUGCGAUGCGCACCAUGACGAUUGGUCAGUCAGGGUACAUUGACCAAGUGCUGGCAAAGCACCUGGACAAACGUACGAAGCCGACCAUGGUUCCAAUGCAGAGCAUACCGGAGGGAACCCUUGUUGCAAGCGCAGCACAACAGAAGGAGUAUCCGGUGAUUGUUGGCAAGCUGCUCUGGGUUGCCAACAGCACCUGGCCCGACCUUAGUCUCACCAUGGGUGUUCUCGCUAGGCACAUGCGUGAACCAUCACAGGAGCAUUAUCAGGCAGCACAAAGGGUCUUACGCUACCUCGAAAGCACAAGGCAGGUUGGAUUGGUUUAUAGAGCAAGUGAGUCGCAAGAGCCACUGGUUGCACACAGCGAUGCAAACUGGGCAAGCGAUGCCACCAUACAGAGAAGGAGCACAUCAGGGUCAGUGGCGUUAGUGUACGGGAAUCCAGUAGCCUGGAAGUCAGCAACACAAAAAUGCAUGUCAUUGUCCACUGUCGAGGCAGAGUUCAUUGCAGCCAUGGAAGCAACAUGUGAGGUGCUCUUCCUCAAGCAGCUGCUACGCUCAAUUGGCAUUGCCACAGACACACCGACGGUCUACUCGGACAACACUGGUUGCAUACAGGUUAGUAAGGACCCAGCACAGCACUGGAAGCUUAAGCACAUCGACACCAAGUAUCACUUCAUCCGUAACAACAUCCAAGAGGGAAGGGUGCAGAUCAAGUAUGUAGACACCACAAGAAACUUGGCAGACGCACUCACAAAGCCCAUUGGGAGACAGGCAAUGCAGCAAGCAAGAUCUGGGCUACACCUGCAAAUACUGGCAGCAGUGUACGAAAUGGGGUCCCCGAGCUAUGCGACAGUGUUGAAGAAUGGAGGUCACACCUUGAAACAACAGCAUAAUGAACAGGGUACAUAUGCUGUUGAGGGGGGGAGUUGA